CAAACAUUUUCUGAAAUUGCAUAAGUGUUUUCUAAAAUCAAUGGAAAAUAAAAAUAAUUCAUUGUAAUGCUAUAAAUCCAGAAACAAUAUUAAGGAAUUUUAAUAUUAAAACUAACAGGAAUAUAAAAUUAUUUUGUCACCAAAAAAUUAAAAUGUUUACCUACUAAAUAGCAAGCUGCUAAGCAAGUAUACAGAAUGUGCAAAAAUAUGUGUAUAUAAAUAUUAGGAACAAUGAUUGAAAAAAGUAUAACAAAGAACUAAAGCAUAAAUAACGUUUUUUAAAAAAUCAGAAAGAUGAAUUUGGAAGAAAGAUAGCUUUACAGCUUUGUUCAUACCUUUUAUAGAUAUAAAUUGUUUAUACCUUUUAUAUACCAAUGACUAUGAAUGGACUUGCAACUUGGAUUACUGAAAAUCAGUAAAACUAAAACAGUACAUAUAGUAGACAUAGAACGUGGCCUCUUAGCUUUAGUAAGAGUAAGCUUUUUGUGGCAAUUGUUAAGGUUAUUGGCUGUGGUUUAUAUUAACAAUAAUAUUUAUUGUUUAUAUAACAUCAUUUGAGUCCACAAGAAAUAGAUAGGAACAAUACGUAUGCUACAUUGAGUUAUAAAAAAUAAAGGCAAGAUACAAGUGUAACACAAAAAGUCCUCGACUUACAUCCACAAUUGAGCCCAAAAUGUAUGUUGUUAAGCAAGACAGUAGUUAAAUGAGUUUUGUUCCAUUUUAUAACUACUUGCCACAUUAAUUAAGGGAAUCCCUACAUUUGUUAUGUUAGUAACAUGGUUGUUAAGUGAAUCUGGCUUCCCCAUAGACUUUGCGUGUCAGAAUGUCACAAAAGAUGGUUCAUGACCCUCGGGUUAUGAUUUGCAACCAUCAUAAAUAUAAGCAACUGCCAAGUGUCUGAAUUUUAAUCACGUAACCAUGGAUGGCUGCAAUGGUCGUAAGUGUGAAAAGUCACUUUUUUCAGUGUCAUCAUAACUUCAAACGAUUACUAAAUGAAUGGUUGUAAGUCGAGAACUACAUGUAAAUAAAUAAAACUAUAUCAUAAAUUGUUAUUUAAAGUCAACAUGACUGAUCCUUUAAUUACAGAAAGAAUAUUUACUACAUAGACAUAAUAGUUAAAUAUAAUGACAAGUUGCAUGAUUUUAUUUUUAAAAUCAUUUAAAAAAAUUUAAAUUUUAUUUUUAUGCAAUAUAGUUGUGCAUUUCUGUGUAAUAUCUAAAACAUAUACCCAAAUAUUGUAUUAUUUUAAAUAUACCAGGAUGUACCGAUGUUACAUUAAAUGUAACAGGAGAAGCAAUUUAGAAAACAUUGGGUUAGGUCUGUAAAAAGUUAAUUGAAUUAAAUUGCAUGAUUAUUUAUUUUGCUUAUUCAUUUCAAUUUACUUUUUGCAAAGCCUGUUGAUAGGGGAAGAGGUGUCUGAGAAGGUAGAUUUAACAUUUUAUUUUCUGUUUGUUAUACUUUGUUUUCCCUUUCCUUUUUAGUUUAGCAAAAAAAGUAGUAGUAACACCAGUUUAAUAUAAAGGCACAAAUAUUCCCAGGGCCACUGGCAGACAAGAUGCUCUGGAUUCAGCUGAUAUAAGGUCAUAUUUGCUCCACCUCUACUAUGAUAAAUUUUGAGGGUUACUAUUGUAAGAUUAGGAAAUAUUUUCAUCACAUCAGGAGAAGGAGAAUAAAUAUACAGUUAAUAUUCUGUUAAUGACUGGCCUGUUUCGUGACCAUUCAAUGUUAUGGCAGCACUGAAAAAGUGACUUUAUGACCAGUCCUCAAUUUAAGGUCAGAUGAUUGCCAUUUACAAGCUUUUUUAGCAUUAAUACACCUUUUAAAUUCGAUAACUUUAAUCACUAUAGAUAUAUUGUAAUGUUUUACCAGACAAUAACAUCUGGCUCAUAAAAGAAGCCGUCCAUUGUUUUACUACUAAUGUUGUAAUUGUUUUUAAUAAAUUACAAUAUGGUUUUGUUUGCUUCUUGUAAAAAAGGAUAAAGUUUAAUAAACUAGUCAGUCCUUUAAGAAUAUUUGUAAUAGCUACCAUUAUUCAAAAAUGUAUACGUAGUAAAAUAAAUUGGGCUUCUCUUGUAACCAUUGAUUUAUAGCCUAUAGGUAGAUAUCAGGAAAGAAAAACUGCAAAGACAGAAAUUAGUAUAAUGGACCACAAAAAAUAUAAGUAAAAUGGAUUUAUUUGUGAAAAAUUUGGCUACUGAGAAACUGCUUUGAGUUCUGAAGGAUAAAAAAAAAUCCCUAUCCAAAUAUUUUAAUCAAUAAUUUAAAAGAGUUAUAAGUGUCUGUUAAAUUAAUCACAUAAAUGAAAAAAAUUACUAAAUCUAUUUUUAUUAUAAACAAUACAAGCAACUAUUUUUGCCAGUAAUUUGGAUGGGAGCAGUGCAUAAAUAUCCUGGGUUGAGAACAAUAUCAGUCAAAGUGAUAAAAGUAACUGUCUUUUUUAGGUGGCACAGUAAUAUUAAAGUGAAGAAGUUGCAAUGGGGAAUCAGCUGGCUGGCAUUGCCCCCUCUCAGAUACUUUCUGUUGACAGCUAUUUCUCAGACAUCCAUGAUUUUGAAUAUGACAAAAGAUUGGGCAGCACUCGUUUUUUUAAAGUUGCCCGAGCUAAACAUCGAGAAGGCUUAGUAGUUGUCAAGGUGUUUGCCAUUCAGGAUCCAACCUUACCAUUAACUAGUUACAAGCAGGAGUUGGAGGAACUGAAAAUACGGUUGCAUUCUGCACAAAAUUGUCUCCCUUUUCAAAAAGCCACAUUAUCUGAAAAAGCAGCUAUGUUGUUCAGGCAAUAUGUGAGAGAUAAUCUUUACGAUCGAAUUAGUACCCGUCCAUUCCUAAACAACAUUGAAAAGAGAUGGAUUGCUUUCCAGAUCUUGACGGCAGUAGAUCAAGCACACAGGUCUGGAGUCCGGCACGGAGACAUCAAAACUGAAAAUGUGAUGGUGACUAGCUGGAACUGGGUCCUUUUAACAGAUUUCGCAAGCUUUAAACCAACUUACCUCCCUGAAGACAAUCCUGCUGAUUUCAAUUACUUCUUUGAUACUUCAAGAAGAAGAACAUGUUAUAUUGCUCCAGAGCGUUUUGUUGAUGGCAGUAUGUUUGCCACAGAAUUGGAGAAUAUACGAGAUCCUUCCACUCCCCUGGUUGAUUUGGUCAACAGUAAUCAACGCAGCAGAGGGGAAUUGAGACGUGCAAUGGAUAUAUUUUCUGCAGGUUGUGUAAUAGCCGAGCUGUUUACAGAAGGUGUACCUCUCUUUGAUUUGUCACAGCUUUUGGCAUAUAGAAAUGGUCUCUUUUCCCCUGAACAAGUCUUGAGUAAAAUUGAAGAUCGAAGUAUUAGAGAAUUGGUUAUUCAAAUGAUCCAGUGUGAGUCUGAAAAGCGUUUAGCAGCAGAAGAUUACUUGAAGCAACAACGUAACAAUGCAUUUCCUGAAAUAUUCUACACUUUCCUUCAGCCAUAUAUGGCGCAAUUUGCCAAGGAAACCUUUGUAUCUGCUGAUGAGCGCAUCCUUGUUAUCCGUAAAGAUCUUGACAAUAUAAUCCACAAUCUCUGUGGGCAUGAUCAAACAGAAAAGGCUGAGGGAGAGACAAAGGAAAAUGGAUUAGUCAUCUUGGUUUCGGUAAUAACUUCGUGCCUGCAGACCUUGAAAUACUGUGAUUCAAAAUUGGCUGCCUUGGAGUUGAUUCUUCAGUUGACACCUAAGUUAAGUGUAGAAAUCCUACUGGAUCGUAUCACUCCUUAUCUCUUGCAUUUCAGCAAUGACUCUGUGCCCAGAGUAAGGGCAGAAGCUGUUAGGACACUCACUAAAGUUCUGACUUUGGUUAAAGAAGUUCCACGGAAUGAUACCAAUAUCUAUCCAGAGUACAUCUUGCCAGGUAUUGCUCACCUGGCCCAAGAUGAAGCAACUAUUGUCAGACUAGCUUAUGCUGAGAACAUAGCAUUGUUGGCUGAAACAGCUCUGAGAUUUUUGGAGUUAGUCCAAUUGAAAGCUCUGAAUAUGGAAAAUGAACCAAACAGUGAAGAAACAGAUGAUACAACACAUCCUAGUGAAAAUUAUGAUACUGAGCUUCAGGCCUUGCAUGAAAUGGUUCAACAAAAAGUGGUCACUUUAUUAAGUGAUCCAGAAAAUAUUGUUAAACAGACUUUAAUGGAGAAUGGGAUAACUCGUCUUUGUGUUUUUUUUGGGCGACAAAAAGCCAAUGAUGUACUUCUUUCCCAUAUGAUCACUUUUCUUAAUGAUAAGAAUGAUUGGCAUUUACGGGGAGCAUUUUUUGACAGCAUUGUGGGUGUGGCUGCUUAUGUUGGCUGGCAAAGCUCUUCCAUUCUAAAGCCUUUGCUUCAGCAAGGACUGAGUGAUGUUGAAGAAUUUGUAAUAUAUAAAGCUCUCAAUGCCCUUACCUGUAUGUGCCAAUUAGGACUUCUGCAGAAACCUCAUAUAUAUGAGUUUGUGUGUGAUAUUGCCCCUUUUUUGUGCCAUCCCAAUCUCUGGAUACGUUAUGGAGCAGUAGGAUUUAUCACUGUUGUAGCACAGCAUUUGAAUAUUGCUGAUGUUUAUUGCAAACUAAUGCCUUACUUGCACUCCUUCAUCACCCAGCCAAUAAUACAGAUAGAUAAAGAAAUUGUUCUCCUGAGUGUUCUCAAGGAACCUGUAAGCCGUUCUAUAUUUGAUUAUGCUCUAAGGUCUAAAGAUAUAGGAAGCCUUUUCAGAACACUACAGCUUCGUCAGAAAAAAAGAAGUGGGAUCCUUUCUGACUGUCCACCUCCUGAAGAUCCUGCAAUUGCACAACUGCUAAAGAAGCUACUUUCUCAAGGGAUGACUGAGGAAGAAGAAGACAAGCUGCUUGCUUUACGAGACUUCAUGUUAAAGUCCAAUAAAGCCAAGGCCAACGUAGUGGAUCAGAGCCACUUUCAUGACAGCAUUCAAAAAGGCGUAAUUGACUUGGCAGCUUUGGGAAUAAUUGGGAGACAAGUUGAUCUAAUUAAAACUAAGCAGGAAUCUGAUGAUAAACGUGCUAGAAAACAUGUAAAACAAGAUUCAAACGUAAAUGAAGAAUGGAAGAGUAUGUUUGGCUCUUUGGAACCUUCUAGCAUACAGCAACCCCUUAGCAAAGGCUAUGUCCAAACCUCUGACCAGGAAGCUAUCCAAACUGGAAAACCUCUUCGAUCAGAAUCCUCCGCUGGCAUUUGUGUGUCUUUAUCAUCAUCUCCACAGGCAGCAGAUGGACAAGCUAUCCAAGUCAGAAAACCAACUAUACAAGUUAUAAGCAGUGUAGUUUCACCCUCUACAUACCAACUGCGCAUUACUACUUGUAAAACUGAACUUCAGCAGCUAAUACAGCAGAAGCGUGAACAAUGUAAUGCAGAAAGAAUUGCAAAACAGAUGAUGGAGAAUGCAGAAUGGGAGACAAAGCCACCACCCCCAGGUUGGCAUCCCAAAGGGCUUCUGGUUGCUCAUCUGCAUGAGCACAAGUCUUCAGUGAAUCGUAUUAGAGUCUCUGAUGAACAUUCAAUUUUUGCUACGUGCUCAAAUGAUGGAACAGUGAAAAUUUGGGACAGUCAUAAAAUGGAAGGCAAAACAACAACAACUAGAUCAAUUUUAACAUAUUCUCGGAUUGGGGGACGUGUGACAACGCUUACUUUUUGCCAGGGUUCUCACUAUUUGGCUAUAGCUUCAGAUAACGGGUCCAUCCAACUUUUUGGGAUUGAAGCUUCAAAACUCCCCAAAUCACCUAAGAUUCAUCCAAUACAAAACAGGUUUUUAGAUCAAAAAGAUGAUGGCUGUGUGGUAGACAUGCAUCAUUUCAAUUCAGGAGCCCAGUCUGUGCUAGCAUAUGCCACUGUGAAUGGUUCCUUAGUGGGAUGGGAUCUUAGGUCCUGUAAUAAUGCCUGGACAUUAAAACAUGAUUUACGCUUGGGACUUAUAACCUCAUUUGCUGUUGAUAUACAUCAGUGCUGGCUCUGCAUUGGUACAAGCAGUGGGACCAUGGCAUGUUGGGAUAUGAGAUUCCAGUUACCAAUUUCCAGCCAUUCCCAUCCUUCUAGAGCACGGAUCAGACGGCUACUUAUGCAUCCCCUUUCCCAGUCAUGGGUGAUUGCAGCUGUUCAAGGCAAUAAUGAAGUCUCCAUGUGGGAUAUGGAAACAGGUGAUCGACGCUUCACAUUGUGGGCUAGCAGUGCUCCUCCUCUUUCAGAAUUACAGCCUUCAUCUCAUAGUGUUCAUGGAAUAUAUUGUAGUCCAGCAGAUGGAAAUCCUAUAUUAUUGACUGCUGGUUCAGACAUGAAAAUAAGAUUCUGGGACUUAGCUUACCCUGAGAGAUCGUAUAUUGUUGCUGGAAGUUCUAGCUCUCCAUCAGUAUCAUAUUAUAGAAAGAUAAUUGAAGGCACAGAAGUUGUGCAGGAAAUUCAAAACAAGCACAAGAUGGGACCUACAGACGAAACCCCUCGAAGGGGUCCUGAAUCUUUACCAGUUGGGCACCAUGACAUCAUCACAGACAUUGCCACUUUCCAGACAACUCAAGGAUUUAUAGUUACUGCAUCGCGAGAUGGUAUUGUCAAAGUGUGGAAGUAAAGUUUACGCUGAUUUAUGUAUGUAAAUAAUUGUAAUAAAGAAUUAGCAUAGUAUUCGAAUAAUUGUUUCUAUAGCAUAGUGGACAAUGAUGACCCCUGGUCAUGAAAGUAACUAAUGGCUCUCUUGUCAACAGUGAUCACUAAUACUAGUGGCCCUCUUGGAACCUGCCAUUAUAUUUCAUUAAAAUGAUUUAUGUAGCAUUUUCUCAAACUGCCAAGGAAAAGAAAUUGAAGUGAAGAAAUUGUAUUUAACUUCUAACCAUGCUAUUCUUUGAAAGACUUUAAAAAUUGUUUAUAAACAUGGAAAAAAUUGCAUUAAGCUGCAUCAACAAUAUUUAUGUAAGCUGACUUUUUUUACAGGCAGGUGAGAGAGUGAUAACAUAUUAUUGCACUUUUGUUUCUGUAUAUUCAAACUCUGUAUGCGUAAUUUUGAAAAUAAAGAGUUUGGAUCACU